UUGCAGGCAAUAUCAUUGCUUGGAGCUCAAAUUUUAGAGCUCAUUGCAGCUCUAGUUCUUCUGCAGAGCACUGCUAAGCCACAAUAUAAGUUUGUGGACUUCUUUAAAGCUAACAAAGUAUCAAAAGAGAGGAGCUGGCUGUUGGCAUCAGCUGUAGGAUUUGGGUUUCUAUUUAUGUUGGUUUUCCUUACUUCCUUCCUUGCUGAUAGUGUUGUUGGGCCCAAGGCUAUAAACAACCCUGUACUCAAAGAAAUCCUGGUAAGCAGCAACAUCUCAAAAGCUGCUUGCGUUCUUGUAUAUUGCAUUGUCACUCCCGUGCUGGAAGAAACUGUUUACAGGGGAUUUUUAUUAGCGUCAAUUUCGUCCACUAUGAAAUGGCAGUCAGCAGUUUUGAUAAGCUCAGCUAUUUUUAGUGCAGCUCACUUGUCUGGUGAGAAUUCCUUACAGUUGUUCAUCAUUGGAUGUGUGCUUGGAUGCUCUUAUUGUUGGACUGGAAACUUGAGAUCUCCCAUUUUAAUACAUUCCCUGUACAACGCCAUGACUCUAAUGAUAACAUUCUUAUCUUGAAUUUCACAUUUAAGUCUCCACA